GAUGGCUGACGAUUUAGACGACGAUUUUUAUAUAUCAGAACCAGUUGUUGCUGAUGAAGGAGAAGGAGACAGUGGAAAUGAUAUUAAUGAUAAAGUAAGUGAAGAUGAAAAUCAAACAGUUUCUGAAAUAACUUCACUACCUAUUAAAAGACCAAGCAGUCACAUUUCACCAGUAGAUGACCAACCACCUAAAAAGAAGAAAAAAAGAAAAAGAAAGAGAAUUACAGAAGAAUUAGCUAAAAAUAAACCAACCAAUGCCAAAAAAGAUGAUCUAUUUAAUUUUGUCCAUUCUAAUUUUGAUGGAAAACUAUCUUCUGUGGAAUGGGAUGACUUAAAAUUGAACACUGACAAAGAUGUGUUUGAAUCAAAUCAAAAGGGAAAACCUCCCAGUGAAUACUGUCAAGAAAUUCUACCAAAAUGGGAAAAAAUGUUACAAACACCUUUAAAGGCAGGUUCUCCAUUAGUAAUAGUCUUAACCGCAUCAGCUAUUCGAGCUGUAGAAUUAAAUAGAGAUCUAAAUGAUUUUAAGACAAAAAAGUGUAAAACAGCAAAAUUAUUUGGAAAACAUUUGAAGGUGUCAGAACAACAACAAUAUUUAUCUAAAAAUAUUUGCCAUGUAGCAGUUGGUACUCCAUUACGUGUUCUAAAUCUCAUCAAAUCAGAAUCUUUAAAAUUAAAUAAAUUAGUAGCAGUAAUAUUAGACUGGAAUAAACGGGAUGUGAAAUCAAAGCGUAUGAUUGAUAUACCAGAAGUUAAACAGGCAUUAUUAGACUUAUUAAAAGGUGGUUUAGUAUCAGCUGUUCAUAAUUCACAGUCAAAGUUUGCUAUUUUAUAGUAGUAUAGUUUAUAAAGAUGUUUUAUAUUGAAUGUUGUUGGAUUAACUCCCUAGCUCUUAUUCCUCUUUGGGCUGCUCCAAACUGCCAGUCGCAAACCAUUGAACAGAAAAGGACGUUUUACCUUUCUAAAAAAAAUUUCAUUGUUCAACUUCC